CAGUGAAGGAAAUUCAGAUCACUGUGAAGACACGUAGGAACGAGGGUAAAGCUCUCUUAGAUCUCAAAAUCUGGAUAAUGACCAAGAACAAUGGAUAGAUAUAACUGUUUCACAACCUCUGGAGGCAGAGUGACGGGGGAAAUAGUAUAUCAGGAAGGAAAGGUGGUAAAGGAAGAGGCACGUAGCAUAGAGCCAGGGCAGUACAAUGCAACUGUGCUACCCAGGAGACUUACCAGCUCAGUCAUCCAGGUGAUUGACUCUUACCAGAACCACAAAGGUGUAGUACCUCCUCAAGCUUCUCAUCAGUUCCAAGGACACCAUGAGCUUAUAGAAAUCCCCCCAAACAAUCCAUGCAUGAAUGUACACAACUUUAACUUUCAGUUGUCAGAUGUGAGUAUAUACAACCAGCAAGACAGAGUUGACCAUAUCGAACAAAAUAUUUCAACCUGUGGUCUCUCACAAUUCAGUUGCCUACAGUUGUUACAAGAUGAAAAGACCAUGUAUAGAAGCAACAGCUCUUAUCAGAUGACACAAAUAAGAACAGCUCAGACUGAAAAGGAAUCCUUCAAUAAGUGGCAAAAAUUUAAAAAACCCUAA